GCGGGCGGGCUGCAGGGGGCAAAGGGGUGCUCCCCAGCCAGCCUUUCUUCAUCCCUCCACGCGGGCAACCCGCUUCAGCCUCAUGUCGCCUGAAGUGAGCGAGGGAGUGAUCGUCCUCCCCCUUAUUCCCACAGAGCGGUCAAGACUCACUGCCAUGGCCGAGGAACCUGCCACUGUUUGCUUCAAUGAAGAGGAUUUUUAUUGUCCAGUGUGCCAGGAGGUGUUCAAAACGCCUGUGAGGACAGUUACCUGCCAACACGUGUUCUGCAGGAAAUGUUUCCUGACAGCAAUACGAGAAAGUGGAACGCAUUGUCCUCUGUGCCGGGGAACUGUGACUAAAAAAGAAAGAUCAUGUCCCAGAAGAGCCCUGGAUGUUGAAAACAACAUGAAGAAGCUUUCUGGAGGUUGUAGAUGCUGUGAAAAGCAGGUUAGGUUUUCUCGCAUGAGACACCAUUAUAAAACAUGUAAGAAGUACCAGGAUGAAUAUGGUGUUUCGUCUAUUAUUCCAAACUUUCAGAUUUCUCAAGAUUCAACAGGGAACAGUAAUAGGAGCGAUACAUCUACAUCUGAUAAUGGAGAGAUGGCUAAUCUUCAGACACUUCAGGAAGAUGCAAGUGCACAUCCCACAUUCAAAUGCCCCCUCUGUCAGGAAACCAACUUUACCCGGCAACACCUACUGGAUCAUUGUAACAAUAGGCACCUUUAUCAGAUAGUUCCUGUGGUUUGUCCAAUUUGUGUGUCUCUCCCAUGGGCAGAUCCUAGUCAGGUUACUAGAAAUCUUGUUAGCCAUCUAAAUCUAAGACACCAGUUCGACUAUGGAGAAUUUGUGAAUCUUCAGCUUGAUGAAGAAACCCAGUACCAAAAUGCUGUUGAAGAAUCUUGUCACGUGACUAUUUAAAAAGUGUAGGUCCUCUGCAUCCUGAGGGGAAAGCUACAUUAAUUCAAUCAGUAAUCUGAAAUGUAUAUUAAUAAAAAGGGAAUUCAAUAUUCGGGCUUUUUCAAGUUGAAUGUUUUUUCCAAGAACAAAAGUUUUUAAAAUGCUUUUUGAUUAGACAGAAAUUGAGUAAAUUUUAUUAUUAGAAUUCUUAAUUCUACAUAAUUGAUGGUACAACUAUUAGAGAGAUGUUAAGUCAUUUUACUGAGAAUAGAGUUCUUUUACUUUUAAGUAAGACUAUACUGGAGCUAGUCACUGGCGUGUUUUCAUUUCUGUGUAAAUUUUCAUGGUUUUGUUGAUCUUGCAGUUAUAUUUUUGUUAAUGCCAAAAUGGGAAGGGGUGGAGGGUGAAAUCAGAUGCAAAGAUGCUGUGUUGCACUUUGCUUUUUAUAGUCAGGGUUUCAGUUGCAAAAUUAUAUCCACGAGAGAAUAUUUAUAUGUAACUUUUCUUUAAAACUGAAGUAAUAUUUUUACUAUGAUUAUUUCUAACAAUAAAAGUGAGGAAGUUGUUUUCAAUAGUACAGUGUUUUAGAGCAUAUUUACUUACAUCACUAAGAAGGAAUGCUAUAUCAUGGGCUAAGGGAAAUUACUUUUGUUAUUUCUCUGGGGUAUAACUGAAAUAGGACAUCUUGCUUCUGGGGCUGAGGUGCUAGGAGCUCUUCCCAUACCCUUAGCAAACUGGUGGAGAGAAGUGCUUUUUGUCACUGGACGGUGUGUCUUGUGAAUGAUUCAAAGAUAACAUUCAAAGAAAAAGUCUUUUUUUCAUAUAUGAAAAAGAGUGUUUUGUCUUUAUUUUCUUUGUUAGUUUCAUUGGAAAUCUAGGUUGUGUUUACCCUGUUUUUCAUGGAAGACAUUAAGUUUGAAAAGGACAUAGGAUUAGGACGUAAUUGGUAUCAAGGCAUGUUUUCUCAGUCAUCGUUUAAAAUUUUAGCAUAAACAGUUGAGAGCCAAAAAGAUUCACCACUUCCAGAUCUUACAUUAAGGUUGUGAAAGUUCCUAUUCUAGUGCUCCCUCCAAAAAGAAUCUCCGAAAAACAGAAAAGGUAAGGCUUGAUAGUCCCACAAUUUAAAAACACAAGCAGUUUUUAAAAAAAAUGGGCUU